GAAGAGGAAAACAUAAAAAAAUAUCCUACCAGCGCGUUAGACAUGUCGAAAUAUUGCUAUAAUCGCAAAAAUUGACUUCCUUUUUUGUUUUAGUUUACAAACCAAAUUGCGGUUGCGAGUCGCUGCUGCGCUGACGACCGGAAGUUAUCAGUCCGCAAUAGUAGUGUGAGCUUCUGAUUGUUUCGGAGCUUUGUGUUGUGGAGGGAAGCGACGCUACCUACCCGGAGUGUGUGUCUCUGGAUCAGGAGACUAUCUGGCAGAAAGGUGCCAUGAGCAGCGAGCUGAACGUGCCCAUGGGUUCCCCGGCACCGGGGGAGCGUGUGCAGGACGGAGGAGGGAUGGAUUACCGGGACUGGGUGCGGCGCAGUUACCUGGAACUGGUCAGCUCCAACCAUCACUCGGUGCAGGCGCUGUCCUGGAGGAAACUCUACCUGAGUCGGGCCAAGCUGAAGGCUUCCAGUAGAACCUCCGCUCUGCUGUCAGGCUUCGCCAUGGUUGCGAUGGUGGAGGUCCAGCUGGAGAUGAAGUACGCCUACCCUCCUGUGCUCCUCAUUGCUUUCAGUGUCUGCACCACCGUCCUAGUGGCAGUCCACCUCUUCGCUUUGCUCAUCAGCACCUGCAUCCUGCCCAACGUGGAGGCGGUCAGCAACAUCCACAACCUGAACUCAGUCAGCGAGUCUCCUCACGAGCGCAUGCACCGCUACAUCGAGCUGGCCUGGGGCUUCUCCACCGCUCUGGGCAUCCUGCUGUUUUUAGCAGAGGUGGUGCUCCUGUGCUGGAUCAAGUUCCUUCCAGUGGACCACGUGGUGCCCACAAAGUCACCCAGCCAAACCCUCCAGGACAAGACGGGCUGGAAGGCCGCGCUCGCCUCCACCAUCAUCAUGGUUCCGGUCGGGGUGAUUUUUGUGCUUUUCACGAUUCACUUCUAUCGCUCGUUGGUGCGUCACAAGACAGAGCGCCACCACCAGGAGAUCGAGGAGCUGCACAAGAUAAAGGUGCAGCUGGACGGGCAUGAGCGAGGACUUCAGACUGUGUGACGCCAAGGCCCGCAACACUGAACUUAUCUUCAUCCUCUUUUCUUCUCAGACGGAAGAUGAGGGUCACACAGCACAUGCAGCUCCUACUGUAUCAUUUUACAAGAUGCAUAUGCUUGCGGUUGUUCUAAAGUCUGUCCUGUGUGAGGAUUGCUGUCAAACACAAAGGGCUUCCAUGUGAGUGUAUUUAUGUUCCCAGGUCAUUGGUUGGUACAGUGUGGUGACGCAGGUGACAAUUCAAGAUCUGUUGUUUGCCUUCAUUGAAAUAUGACAGUGAAUUAAGUAACCAAAUUAGGUCAUACUUUUUAAUCUUUAAAUGCAGAAAUUUGAAUCUACAAUAACUGUCUUGGCCAAAUGUUUAGAACAUAUCAGUAAUACAUUAUUUAUUUUUGUGUCAAUGUAAAUCAAAGCAGCUUAAAAAUGGUAUUCAUUAAUAAAUAUUUUUGAUGUUAAGUAUAAUUUUAACUCCCAAAAAAUUGAUGCUUCAUUUUAAUCCCAUUAAAAUUAAGUAGGAUUCUGUUUCUCUCAUAUGGGUCGGAACCUAGGUUAGUUCUCUUGAUGAUGGAAGUGCUUACAUCCACAUCAUCUACCUCACCGUGGACUUCCAUCCAGUCAUUACCUGCAGCCAUUUAAGAGUUAAAUCUGUAUCGGCACAUCUUUUAUUUACAGUCGAAAGUUUAAUAAUAAUAAAAAAUAAAGUCGGAAUAAUCUUACAGACAAAGCUAAAAUUUUCAGAGAAAGCAAUAAAGACGACACAAGGUCUUUCAUGUCGGUCUCGGCACUCGCGCUGUGAACCUGCUUGUCAAGCUCCUGCAUGUUUCACACCAAACCUGUACGCUGCUUUGUGCUUGAGGAAGUUCCUGUGUUAUGCAUGAGUGUUUCUGUCUCCCGGAGCUCCGUUUUAAUGAGCGCUGUGGUAUUGUCUUAAUGUGUGUGUUUUAUCAGAGACUGUUUCAAGGGGGUUAAACAAAAAAAAAAAUCCUAACUCCUCAAACCGUUUACACAAACAGUCGCUAUCAAAACCCUCGGAGCUAAAAACUGUGUACUGAUGCUGCUUCAGGUGCUUCAUCGAGAAUGUUACUGUCCAAAUAAACUUCUGCCUUAUCCAGCUGUUCGCCAGAGCUUUAGCAGUUAAUUGUUACUUACGGCGCCGUGGAAGUGACCUGCAUACUUUAUUUUUUACUUUAAUUUUUUGUCUCGAGAUAAAAGUUAUCUUGUGAUAGACAGAUUUUGUGACUAAAACUGUAUAUACAGUCAGUUGUGGGAGGACAAGUGCCAGUAACCGAGAGCGGUUGAUAUCAUUUUGAGCAGAAGGCUCUUGAUCCGAGUGCUUAAAGUGCAGCGACUUUGCCGUCAGCAAUAUUCUGACUUGACUAGAUUGACCGAAAGUUUCGAAGCCCAGUGGUUCCAGCUGGAUGUAUACAAAACGCUUUACCACAGAGGCAGUUACGCAUGCAUGUCACUUCCCGGCCUCCGUAGUUACAUUCAGGUUUGUUUGUUUUGUUGUUGUUGUUUUUUUUCACUUCUUGUAUGAGUUAAGGUCUUUUGUUCACAUUCCAGAUGUAGUCAUCGACCAAAGUUACUGUCUGUCCUUUCAGAAGUGCACUUGUGUUUGUAAAGUGUGUCCCAUGAGUCUUUACAGCUUGCAAAGAACUCUGAAAAUAAAAAGGUUCAAA